AUGGCUGUCUUCUUUUGCUUCCUUUUCUUUCUCCUCUCAUCUGCAACUGCUUGCGAUCGGUGCGUGCAUCAAUCCAAAGCUGCUUAUUUCUCAUCCUCUGCUCCCCUCUCCUCUGGCGCUUGUGGGUAUGGAUCCUUGGCCUUGGGCUUUAAUGGUGGACACCUUGCAGCUGGCGUUGCUUCGCUUUACAGAGAUGGUAUUGGCUGUGGAGGAUGCUUUCAGUUUCAGUUCAUAGAGUCAUCUGGUUUCUUUCAAUCUGGUUCUGUCCCUAUGUCUGUGACCCCGUCGCAAGCUGAUCUUCCACUGUCCUUCACUGUUUCAAUGGUUGCUGGGAGGGUUGAAACACAAUAUAGUGUUCCUGUUUGCAUUACGGAAAGGCUUAUGGAAGGAAAGAAAAACCGUCCUCUUCCAGUUGUAGAACUGAAAGGAGAGCGCAAAGCUUCUGGUGGUAUGUUUUUCUUUGCACGUCUGUGA